AUGGCGACCCCAAGAGCCACGCCUAAGCAAUUGCAGUUCAAGCUCGUCCUUCUGGGGGAGUCGGCCGUCGGAAAGUCAUCCCUCGUCCUUCGCUUUGUCAAAGAUCAAUUCGAUGAUUACCGCGAGAGCACCAUCGGUGCCGCUUUCCUCACUCAAACGGUCAAGCUCGAUGAGCAGACGCAGGUCAAGUUUGAGAUUUGGGACACGGCUGGCCAAGAGCGCUACAAGUCUCUCGCGCCCAUGUACUACCGCAACGCAAACUGCGCCGUAGUAGUUUAUGACAUCACCCAGCCUCAAUCCCUCGAAAAGGCCAAAUCGUGGAUUCGCGAACUUCAACGCCAAGCAGACCCCAACAUCGUCAUUGCCCUGGCGGGGAACAAGGCUGAUCUUGCUACGACGAGGAGAGCUGUCCCGAGAGAAGAGGCCGAGCGUUAUGCUGAGGAGGAAAAGCUCCUCUUCCUCGAGACGUCAGCAAAGGACUCGACGAAUGUGUCGGAGCUCUUUGCGUUGAUCGCCCGCAAGCUGCCACUCGAAUCGGCGGCCAAUGCGCAGAAGCGUGGUGGUGGUGGUGCGGCAGCAGGAGGUGGAGCAGCGGGUGGAGCGGCGGGCGUAGAUCUCAGACGGGGUCAGCAAGGGGCAGCGCAGGGCGGCGGACAAGAUGCUUGCCAAUGCUAGACAAGAGGGUUUGGCCAGAUGAGAGAGAACGACGUGUAUACCUUUGGGAUCUCCUUUCCCCUCCCUCCUUCGCCGGCUCGAGGCGUCGUGCAAUGAUGGCCUUGCUCUCCCUGCCUCUUCCGCACGCGUACUCGCGCGGCUGUAGGUGACUAUCGCUUUUUCAC